AUGGCAGCCGGUAGUCGCAUUCGAGAGUUCAACCUCAGUGAAAACUCGUCGUGGGUGGAGUAUGUCGAGCGCAUUGAGUUGUAUUGUGCAGCGAGCAAGCUCACAACGGAUGAGGACAAGCGAGCGGUGUUGCUCAGCUGCUGUGGCCCAGAGACGUACUCCCUCAUAGCCACUCUCGUGAAGCCGUCGCGACCGCCAAACGUGGACUACCAAGUCAUCGUUGAUGCAGUAAAGAAGCACGACAACCCGAAGCCAUCUGAACUAUACGCGAGGUACGUCUUUUCUAAGCGAGACCAGCAAGAAGGGGAGGGCGUAGCCGACUAUGUCACUGCUCUGCGCAAGUUAUCCGACAACUGUGGAUUUGGCGGAACAAAAUUUCCAUUAGAGGAAAUGUUGCGCGACCGGUUGGUUUUUGGAAUCUCGGACAAUGUGGUUCAACAACGAUUGUUGGCGGAAAAAAAUCUGACGUUCGAGACGGCAUAUGAAUUGGCAAUCACGGCAGAAGCAGCGGUCAAGCAGCAAAAAGUAAUUCGGAGCAACGCACAGGAGCCCGAAUUCCAGCAAGAGUUAACGUCGAAAGUAGAAAUGGAAGCCAACAAGAAGCAACCAGAGAGGCAGAGGGUUUGUUUCCGCUGUUUGGGAGCGCAUCCAGGAUGGCGUUGCAGAUACAAAGAUUCGGUGUGUUUCAACUGCGGCGGAAAGGGGCAUUUAGCCAAAGCAUGCCGAAAAAAGCCAGCGGAGGUGGAAGCGCAGCUCGAGGAUAACAAAAAAGCAGCGAAGAGCGAGUACGACGAUUUGUUCAGUAUCAGCCAAUUAAAAAGCGGGACGCCAAAGUACGUCAUCACUGUAGAGAUCGGAAAUGAAAUCGUGCCGAUGGAAGUAGAUUCUGGAGCGGCCAGGUCGAUUAUCAGUAUGAACGAAUUUCGGAAGCUGCAAGUGGCGAAGCGGAUCAAGCUGGACAAGUGCGACACGCAACUGGUGACCUGGACAAAGGAAGGUCUGGACGUGCUGGGAAAAGCGUCUGUGCCCGUGAAGUUCAAAGACCGAAAAUUUCAGCUGCCACUACUAGUACUGAAGAACGACGGGAACGCUCUACUGGGCCGAAAUUGGUUCCAGCCAUUGGGAAUCAGCCUAACAGGUCUUCAUAACAUAAAGGUCGGACCUCAAGCGAUAAUGGAAAAAUUCGCAGACGUGUUCAGUGAAACAUUUCCAGGCGCAAAUCUGCCACGCAUCCACAUCGAACUAAAGGAGGCCGCCCAAGCCCGGUUCCUGAAGUGCCGCAGCAUUCCGUUUGCCAUGAAGGAGGAAGUAGUUGCUGAGUUAAAUCGCUUGGAGGAACUGGGAAUUCUAAAACCCACCCAAUAUUCAGACUGGGCAACGCCAAUCGUCGUGGUGCGAAAGAAGGACGGCUCUCUACGAAUAUGCGGAGAUUAUAGGAGCACGGUGAACCAGUCCGUAAAAAGCUUAUCAGCAACUAUUAGUGGAUGA